AGUACAUUUUUUUCGUAGAAAAAAUUAAAAAAGAUGUUGGGAAAGCGUAGGUCGGCGAGCUUCCGGAGGACAACCAGCAUGAGGGGCAUCACCGUCGACGGCGGUAGUGAAGCGGAGCACGGCCAGCCUCCGGAGGAGUUUGCCGGCGGAGGAAAGACGGCCGCCGGCGAAGGCAGCCAUAAUGAGACGCCAAAUUUCUUGAGGACGUGUGGCCUUUGUAACCGCCGCUUGGUGCCUUGUCGUGACAUCUUUAUGUACAGGGGUGACACUGCAUUUUGUAGCCAAGAGUGUAGGGAGCAAAAAAUAUUGCAAGAUGAAAGAAAGGAGAAGUCUAUUAAUAACAAAGUGAAGAGUGGAAAGAAUGGUGUUUAGCCACCGGCCGCCGCGCCGGGGAAGAGCUUGACGGUGGUUGUCGCCUGGACAACCGCCACCAAGAACUCAUGAUCUUCAGUUGAUGUUGAUAAAUUAGGAUGUUAUAUGUAUUUGCCUAUAUAUGCAUAGUUCUCAGUGUGGUGAAUGUGU